AUGGUGGAGCUUGUGUACGACCGAGCUGAAAUGGCUCUCCUCCAGUCUUCGGAAUCCAUCGAGCUCUGCUCUGACGGCGGGGAGAGGAGGAGAAAUUUACGAGUCGCCCCCCUCCCCCCCUCCCGCUGCAGCAAAGUGGUUUGGGCCAACCCCCUGACCCGAAUCCCACUCCUCGGGCGGAACCACUGGAGGGAAAGGGGCUGCAACUUCGGAGCCACGGCGGCGCGCUCGCUGACCCUUGAGGGCGCCAAGAGGCUUCUCCCCUUCCCCCCUCCCUUGGAAAGUGGGCGGGGGGCGGAAGGACCCCUCCCUCCGUCUCUCUCCGCCCCCCUCAGGUAUGGAGUUCCUCAGGAAGCGCCUCAGCGCCGCCGCCGCCGCUCGCCGCGGAGCCCGCGCUUUGCGCCCGAAGGAAGGCGCGCGCUGAGACCCGCGUCGUCCCCAGCGGCGGCGAGGGGACUUUCUCUGCCUUUCUCUCAGAGAUGCAACCAUCGCCCGGGGUCGGCUGAGGCUUCUCUCGCCAGCCCCGCUUCUGGCCGCCGCUACCGCCGCCGUUCCUCGCCGCAGCAGCAGCCGCCCCUCGGAGCCCGGAGGACCAUGCUGAGGGAGGCGGGCAAGGAAAAGACGCCUCCGGGGCUCUGGCUGCCGUGGCUGCUGCUCCUCUUUCCCUCCUCCGCCGUGCACGGGGAGAACACAGAACUGCCGACCUUCUCUGCCACUGCGGGGCUCCACUCUGUGCUGGAGGACACGGUAUCGCCCGCAUUCAGUGCCACCGUUAUCAUCAUCGUCACAGUCAUCAUCUCCGGGAGUGCUUACCUGUGUUUCUUGAAAUACAUCUGCGCCGGGUGCUGCAAAUCCACACAGGUGGUGCCUGUCAGGAGACUGGACCCCAGCAGAUCGGAAGAGCAAGUGUAAGUCUUGGUUCUCAGUCGGCUGUUGAUGGCUCAGCCAAGAAGAAAUCAUGUCCACCUGUGAAUGAGAACGAAAAGACCAGCCUGUUCCUGAUGGUGCAAAUAAAUGUUGGGAGAUGUCUAAAAGGAGAAGAUAGCCUGCCCAGGGAAUUUGGUCAACCAGAAAACACUUGUGAAACUUUGUGGCUUAAAAUCUGAUUAUCUACAUAUGGUUUAUCUCCACUGGAUAACUGAUUGACGUGGACAGGCCAAAGUCCAGCAAGUCACAGCCUGCAGGGCUACUUUGAGUCAAAUGCCUGGUUCCACUCCCUGGAAGCCGAAUUCCAUUCUUGUGGGUAGGAGAUGGAAUAUUUGGGCAUUGCUUUUUCCUGUCCCACAUACUAGAUAUGAAAUACCCCUCCACUGCCUGUCACUAGGGGGGUCUCCCUUUGCAACACCUGCUGUGAGAAGAAUGGGUCCGACGUGUCAGGAAAAAGCACCAAUGCAAAAGCAAGCUGCAGGUGUCUGGAAUGCAAAACACAAUGUUGAUGUCUGGGACUGUACUAUUGGAAAAAGGGGCAGUCUAUUCAGUGUACUGAGCACCGGAUGUUAGCUCAGAGUGUCAUCUGACCUGUACUGGAAGUACAGGGGUGGAGUCUGUGUGG